CUGUCUGCCCCCACGGUUACUUGCUUGCCCCUGGUGCAGAGCAGGCUGAGGGCUGGGUUCCUUGGACACCAGGGGACUAGCACACUCUCCUCCCCAGGUGGGCAUCAUGCUGCACUACGCCACACUGUCCACCCUGCUGUGGAUCGGGGUGACGGCCAGGAACAUCUACAGGCAGGUGACCAGGAAGGCCCCGCCUUGUGCCAGUGCCGACCAGCCGCCCUUCCCCAGGCAGCCGCUGCUCAGGUUCUAUCUCCUCAGUGGAGGGGUGCCUUUCAUCAUCUGUGGGGUGACAGCAGCCACGAACAUCAGGAACUACGGGGCCGAGGACGGGGAAGCUGCAUACUGCUGGAUGUCCUGGGAGCCCAGCCUGGGCGCCUUCUACGGCCCAGCGGCCUUCAUCACGCUGAUCAGCUGCGUGUACUUCCUGGGCACCUACGUCCAGCUGCGCCGCCACCCCGAGUGCAGGUAUGAGCUGCGUGAACGCACGGAGGAGCAGCAGCGGCUGGCGGCACCGGAUUCAGGCCCGGGCCACCGCGCGGGGCCAGGCUCCGAACCCUGCUGCGAGGGCCCGGCUGCCUCCUCUCUGCUGCGGAAUGAGCACUCCUUCCGGGCUCAGCUGCGCGCCGCCGCCUUCACGCUCUUCCUCUUCGCGGCCACCUGGGCCUUCGGGGCGCUCGCCGUGUCGCAGGGGCCCUUCCUGGACAUGAUCUUCAGCUGCCUGUACGGGGCUUUCUGCGUGACGCUGGGACUCUUCGUGGUCAUCCACCACUGCGCCAAACGCGAGGACGUGUGGCGCUGCUGGUGGUCCUGCUGUCCCGCCCGCCGUCGCGCCGGCGCCGAUGCGGACUGCCUGCCGGACUCGCCACGCGCCGGCCACCCGGGCUGCGGCCACCAUCCCGCCGGCCACUGCAAGAUGACCAACCUGCAGGCCGCCCAGAGCCACACCCACUGCCUGUCGCCGACCACGCCCUGCUGCGCCAACAUGCACUGCGAGCAGCUGCUAGAGGAGGCGGCGCUGGGCCUGGACGGCGCUGAGGACGCCUUCGGGCCAGGUCCGCCGCCGCACCGCUGCCUGCCCGGGAGGACUCGGCCGCCCAUCUUCGGCCGGCCGCGGGCAGCCUACCACAUCCCGGCCAGCCUGGACGGCAGCCCCCGCAGCUCGCCCACCGACAGCCCGCCCAGCUCGCUGGAGGGCCCAGCGGGCGCGCACACGCUGGCCUGCUGCGCCCAGGGGGACCCUUUCCCAAUGGCUGGCCAGUCCGAGGGCAGCGUGCUGUACGGCUGCACCCCGCGGCCCGGCCCGGCGCACUUCGAGAUGCUCCGCCGGACGCAGUCCCUGCCCUUCGGCGGCCCCGGGCAAAAUGGCGCGCUCAAAGGCUCCUUGCUCGAAGGGCUGCCCUACGGUGCCGACAGCACCGGCAACAUCCGCACGGGGCCCUGGCGGAACGAGACCACCGUGUAGGCGGGGCACACAGAAGCGCCCCACCACCUCGGGCGGGCCUGCGCCCCCGCGAGCUCGGCGCAGGGGCGUGGCGCAAUGGGGAUCGAGCAGCUCUGCGGUCAAGGACCAGAGGGAAAGCCCCUCCCCCCGCGCUGAGCCCCCUCCAAACCCUAUCCCCACUGUCCCACACCGGCUGCCUAGGGUCCUGGGGAAGCGGUCCUAAGGAGUCCCCCGGCAGGCCCUCAAAGCUUGAGCACACCCCUCUGGCAGCCCCCACACCCUUCACCUACGCGCACGCGCGCACAUACACACAGAGACCCCGCCAGCUGCUCCCUGGUUUCUGGCGUGGAACUUCUAGGUCCGAGGGGCUCUCCUGCAGCCCCGCCCGUUCCUGGGGAGCUGCCCCGUGGCUAGGGGCCCAGCACCCGAACCCCAACUGCUGCUCUGUGCCCCCCUGCCCCUAGGCCUGGGCCGCCCACACGGGAGCCCCACUUGCAACUCUCAGGUGGACAUCUCCAGGGGUUGUCUGGGGGGCAGGCAGUAGGAGCCACCGCCUAGAAACGCCCAAACAUGCUUCAGUGGCCCUUCAACCUGCCUGAAUGCCACCCCGCUGGGCCUUGGGGACAAUAAAGUUCUCUGUUCCAACAA